AACGGAGCAGCAGCAGCAGCACUGGACGGAAUAAAAAAGCGGAGCGGAGAGAGAGAGAGAGAAAGCCGUAGUCAGCAGAGAGCUACUACGGUUUGUUAAACCUACUGAGAAAGAGAGAGAGAGAGAGGACAGCUCAGCUCCAAAGUCACCGUCAGCAGCAGCGGAAAAGGCUACACACAAGCAUCUAGUAUAGUAGAGCCAGCAGAGCAGCGGAGAGUGCGCGUACACGCCACAGACGCACACACGCUAAAAUAACAGAAGGAAUUUCCCUCGUUGACGUCGUGGCCGCAGCAGGAUAUUGCUCCGAUCGUGUGCAGGCCGAGUGAAGUGCCAGAGCAGUGUCGUGUCCCGGACUCGGGUGUGCGCGUCAAAGAAAGAGAAAGAGAGAAAAGUGUACGUCCGCGCCCAGCGUUCUGUCAAGUGUCGAGUAUAGAAGAGAGAGAGAGAGAGAGAGAGAGAGAGAGAGAGAGAGAGAGAGAGAGAGAGAAAGAGAGAAAGAAAAACGGAGCCAGACUCGACUGCAGCCUCGAAAGGAGAGACGAGACGAAGGAGAAGAAAACGAGGCUCUCGCGAACCUGCGGUCGACCGUAGCGGAGGAUAUAUUGUUUUCGGAGCUGAACGAUAACGCUGUGAACGCGUAGCUGGCAUUUUUUUCUUCGUUGGGCGGAUAUCUUAUCCGGACGCUUCGAAAAUCCAUCGCUGACAACGCCACUAUAAUAGCUACCACUGCUCUUUUCCUACUCCUUCGGCGAAAUGACCUUGGAUAAGAUGCGGCGACAAGGCCAGGACGUGAUGCAGGUUAACUUGGCGGGCAUCAGGCGGGACAUCGUCAAUCUUGCUCACAACUACAGCAAUGCUCAGAAAGCUGUGCGUAAAGCAACGAGCAACGACCCCUGGGGUCCGAGCAGUACUCUCAUGGCCGAGAUCGCCGACCUGACCUACAACGUCGUCGCCUUCACGGAGAUCAUGCAGAUGCUCUGGAAGCGUCUCAACGAUCACGGCAAGAACUGGCGUCACGUCUACAAGGCUCUCGUGCUCCUCGAGUACCUCAUCAAGACCGGCACCGAGAAGGUCGCCCAGCAGUGCAAGGAGAACAUCUUCGCUAUUCAGACGCUCAAAGAUUUCCAGUACAUGGAGGGUCAUAAGGAUCAGGGGAUUAACGUGAGGGAGAAAGCUAAGCAACUAGUGGCCUUAUUGAGAGACGAUGAGAGAUUGAGGAACGAGAGGGCGAGGGCACUCAAGGCGAAAGAGAGGUUCGCUCAAUCGCUCAGCGGUUUCGGUAGCGACGGCGUCGACACAGUCUCGCCCGUCAGCAGCGAUUUCCAAGAAUGGGAACCGUGUCAUCUGUCGGAAUCUUCAUCGAGACCCGAGUUGGAGGCUGCCAGACCUCAGACGGUAGGCGAAGAGGAACUUCAGCUGCAGCUUGCCCUAGCAAUGUCGAGGGAGGAGGCCGAGCAGGAAGAGCAGCGAAGGCGUAGCGAUGAUGUCAGAUUGCAACUGGCGCUCAGCCAGAGCCAGCAAGACUUUAAGACGCCUCAGGAAAAGCAGAGUCAUAUGCUUGAUCUGCUCGACGUGAACUUGGGAGAGCCUAGUGGAGCUAAUGCUCAAACUGAUCCGUGGGGAGUGCCGAUAGCGGCACCGCCGCCCCCGAGACCUCAGUCGCUGGACUUUGCCCUAUUUCGUAUGUCAAAGCCACAAAACGACCCAUGGUCUGUUCCAACCACAAAUAGUGCUACUGCAGCAUCUGCAGCAUCUGUAGCAUCUGUUGAUCCCUGGGCUCCAGUUCUACCGCAGAGGCCAAGAUCUCCAGCUGCUACUGUCGAUCCAUGGAGAGCUCCAGCGCCGUCACCGGCAACAGUCACUCCAGCACCUGCUCGGGUUGUAGAUCCCUGGGCCCCUGUGACAGCAACUAGUACAGAUGCUAAGUCUCCGCCACCAAUUGGAUUCAAUGUUUCCUCCAGCAACGGUUUCAACGGCCUGGGAUCUACUUUUAACAGUACAUCAGCUUCAAAUCAGGGAAGCAGCAGUCCACUUGGCGAUCUUGAUGAAUUUGAUAUCAUUAGCAAUAGAAACAAAAUCGGAUCUAGUCCGCUGCCUAUGAACAAUGGAAACACAACGUCGCCCGAUCCGUUUGAUUUACGUGGCCUUAGCGAUACUAUGCCUGCUAGCACUGGUGCUGUGAAAAAGACUCCGCAAUCGUUCUUGGGAGAGAACUCGGCUCUUGUAAAUCUGGACAAUCUCGUGAGCGCGUCGUCAAUUAAGGCUCCUGCUCCAGCACCCGCAGCACCCGUACCAUUCGCGGCGAACCCAUUUGCACCGGUGACGCCUCCACCGCGUCCGUCGAUCAACCAGAUCCGGCAGGAUCCCUGGAGCAGCACGAGCGUCGCCGCGAACUCGACGCCUACGCCCACGGCCGCGGCCAACCCGUUUCUCUCGUAGCCGAGCCAUCGUCUCGCGUCCGGAUCAGCAUACGAUGAUGAUGAUAAACGCGCCCGACAAGAGCUGCAGAGGGCCGUAUGAAGCCACGAUAUUAAUUUCCAAAACGAAGCCCUGUGCGGUAUAAACUGAUGAUCAUUCAAAGACUUCGACAGUACAUCGACUGCGAGCAGCAGAGGAGGGAGGCGAGGGAAUUAUUGACUGUCACCAAAUUGAAUGUUGUUACAUUGCAAACAGAUACACACGGAUGUGAACACUAUAGGCUUGGAAAGGACUGGGGCGAGAAAAGAGAGACGCGCUAGGAAAUCGAAAAUCAAUUCGUAUUUUACCUUUGAACGCUUAAAGAUUCGUAUGAUAAAAAGAUAGAUUUUAUACUUACUCCUUUUUCAUAUAUGUAUAGAAUAUUUUUCGAGUACCCGAGAAGUAAACGACGCCGGAUAUUGAGAAGAAGGUACUUUCUUUUUGUAGUGCGAUUAUUAUAUAUAUAUAAUGUCCGAUCGUGGAAAUUACAAAUCGAAUCGAAUGAAAUAAUAGGAUGAUUAUGAUGAUGAGGAUGCAGAGGCGUAAUGCAUUUCACGUUUUACGGUAAGAGAUGGAAACAGAUAAAGGCACGCGAGAACGUGUCUUUGAUUUAUUUUAUCGAACAGGGUUCUGUUUUUAAGGAAUACGAAAACAAUGAGACUCGUUCGAUAAACGAGCUUCAGGAAUCUUCGGUCAUUUCAUCGGCCGAAGUUUCCUGCUAAAACUCUGCUGUAAGCAAACACUAUUCUUUUUUUAUUAGAUGUAGCACACGUAUACAAGAUUUUUUAGUUAAAUGACACGGAAAGCAGCCUAAGUAAAUAAUCAAUUUAUAAUUGUCAAGAGCAAGUGAAGAUCCUAAGAUUUUUAUUUUACUAAACUGGGAAAGAAAACGUGCAUUUUCUUUUCCUGCCAUGCAAUAAUUAAACAUUGGUUUAAAGUGUCGGUGGAGGAUAAUCUUUAAGUGCAGCGGUCGAGGUAUAUAGGAAAAACUCUUUUACGAAUCUAACUGUGCUUUAAUAUGAAUCGUAUGAAAAUUAAUUUUACUUUUAUUUUUAUUAAGAAAGAACGACAGGCGCGCGUGCACGCGAUAUACAAGCACCGAUCAAUGAAUUUUUAGACCUGUCGUCUUUACUCGUAUUGAUUGAUUUUACAGGUCACAACAUUAUAGGGAAAUGUAAAUAUGAAUUAUUGAGCGACCCUAUUAUUUACCAGCAGUUGCUUCAUAUUAUUAUUAUUACUAUAUUUUAUUUUAUUAUAUAAUUAUGAAUAUUGCAAUGUUUAUAUAUAUAUAUAAAACGGCUAUUGUGACAGCGCCUUUCAAAAUAUUUUACUAUAACAAAUGGCAAUGUUUGAAUGCAAGGAUUGUGUUUUCUGGAGUAGCUAGUACCCACGCUACGCAUGCAUAUUUUGAGUGUCUCCAUACUUAUAGUCGUUUGAUACAUUGAAAUUAAAAAAUAAAUUGUUUUGUAGAUAUGAUAAAUUAAUCAUGGAAAAAAAUGGGUAAAUUUUAUUUUAAUCAAAUACUUUUUGUAAGAUACUGAAAUAAUAUUUUUGAAUUACUAAAUGUUAACUUGCAAUCAAAAAGUUAAUAUUCGAUUUUAGUUGAAUCAAAUCAAACUGUGUCACCCUUCAUUUGAUCGUAACUAUAAUAUGAUUGUGCACUUUAAUUGUAAAAUGCGUAAGAUCUGCACUUUUUGAAUCAUAGCAUUGACACUUUUUUUAAUUCAUGAUUUCAUGCACAUAUACUUUGGAAAUGAUUGUACAAUUUCAUGGCGAAAAUAAAGUGAUCAGGAAGAAAUUGCAGAUAAUGUGGCUUUAAAAUGAACGCAUGCAAUGUGCGUACUUAUAAAUUAUUGAGGAUACACAAAGUGAGAAAUUAUUGAUAAAUACAUUCGAAAGAGAUGCAAGUAAAAUGAGAUUUAAUAUGGCUUUUAAGUUUCUUUUAUUUUAAUGUAUUAAUUGAUGAAAUAAUAUUUCGAAAUGCAUUUUUUAUUUAUUGUGAGCAAUAAAUUUCUAAAUAUACAACAUUGUGUGCAAUUUCUUUAGAAUAUUUUUUAUACACUUGACUUGAAAAAAAGUAAAGAGAUGUUCCAUUAAUUAAUGCUAAAAGUAAUAUUAAAGCUGAAAGUCUCAUUUAUACAACUAUUCUCCUACAAGCAAUUGUUUUGUCAUUCAUCAAGAUUUCUACAGUUAUUUUAAUGAAAAAAUCUAAAUUGUCUAUUUUUUAUAAUCCCGAUCUUAUGAUUUGUUGCGUGAGAGAUUUGUGGAAUAAUGGUUGCUUUUCAUCUUGUUGUCUGUACAUGUACUCAAGAUCGCAUUCAUAUAUGCAUAGACAAAAGGAUUAUUUCGUGUUUAUGUUAUUUUUAGUUGUAUACAUCGUAUUUACUAUUUUUGUAAGGACCAGAACUUCGAUGCUCUGUGAAUUAUCAAACUUUCAUCAUUACUUACGAUCUUGAAUGGCUAGAAGAAAAUACAACAUCUUGCAAAAAUAAUUUCGAGACUUGGUAUAAUAACGAUAAAUUAUUAUAUAUUUUAGUAGAUAAUAUACUGUACACCUAUUUCUAAUAUUAUUACUAUUAUUAUUACAACCAUUAUUAUUACUAUGUAAUAUUAUGUUAUUAAUAUUAUGAUGUAAAAAAAACUUUAAGUUAAAUCUUCAUAUAGGUA